GCAUUUUCAGUGCCACCAGUAACGUGCUCAGAUCGAUUCGGUCCGAGGCUCUUCAUUUCGUUAGAAUGCGUAUAUUAACUUUGCUGUUGGGGAUUAUUCUUAGCUUGGGAUAUUCGAAUGGAUACCAUUUCUUGAUGGUCUUAAAUUCUCCUGGUCGAUCUCACUUUAAUGUAGGACAAGCAUUAGCCAAGGGCUUAGUGAAUGCCGGUCAUGAGAUCACAGUGGUCUCAGUGUUUCCACAAAAGAAGAAUAUUCCUGGUUAUCACGACAUAAAUGUGCCAAAUAUAAUAGCUGCUAUGAAGGGCGACAUUGCUGCCUUGUGGGAUUCGAUCAAUAAGCCUUUGACGCAGAAGCUUAUUGAUCACUAUCAAAUGGGUUUCCGACUCACAAGAGGUCUUUUUGUGGAUCCUAACUUUCAAGAUCUUAUAAAGAGCAAUCGAUCUUUUGAUGCUAUCAUCUGUAAAACAUUCUACAACGACGCCCACUAUGGAUUGGCAGAACAUUUCAACGCCCCUCUGAUAGGAUUAAGUACUGGAGGAGGGUUAACUUUUAUCACAGACAUGGUUGGCUCUCCAGCUCCAGCUUCUUUUGUUCCUCACAUAAUGUUGCCAUUCAAUGAUCACAUGUCACUCUACGAGCGUUUUAUGAAUGUUGCUUUUUUGGCCUUUGAAAGACUUUUACUCGACUACUACUACCUACCAGGGCAAGAGAAACUUUAUAAAGAGUUUUUCCCGGAAAAUAAGCACAACUUCUAUGAGAUGAGACGAAAUGCCUCACUGGUUCUGAUCAAUCAACAUGUGUCAUAGCUACCAGAAAAAAUAGAGAGAUUCCUGAAUGAAUCGGAUCACGGAGCCAUCUACUUUUCAAUGGGCUCUAAUCUUAAGAGUAAGGACUUGCCGCCAUCCAAGGUGGAGGAGAUCCUGACGGCCUUCCGAGGGCUGAAGCAGCGAGUUCUUUGGAAAUUCGAGUUGGACGAUCUACCUAACAAGCCAGAAAAUUUGUAUAUUUCCGACUGGUUUCCUCAAACUGAUAUACUGGCGCAUCCAAAGGUUUUGGCUUUUGUUACCCACGGAGGAAUGUUGAGCACCACAGAGUCCAUUUAUCAUGGCAAGCCAGUGAUUGGUUUGCCAAUCUUCAGUGAUCAGUUCUUCAAUAUGGCUCAUGCUGAGCAAGCGGGAUACGGUAUCAUGUUGGACUUUAAGAAUUUGAAGGCUAAAGAUUUCGGUGCGGCCAUCGAAAGUAUAGUUAGUGAUUCAACUUACACAGAAGUAGUUCGUGGCAUGUCCUUCAGAUAUCGCGAUCAGCAGCAAACGCCUCUGGAAAAUGCCAUUUAUUGGGUGGAGCAUGUGACCCGCCAUCAAGGAGCUGCUUAUCUCAAGAGUGCCGCCCAAAGGUUAAACUGGUGGCAGUACCAUAAUGUUGAUGUUUUUGCGAUUAUGUUUGCGAUUUUUAUAGUCCUACUAAUACUGCCAUUUUUUAUUUUGAGACUGACUAAGAGAGUUUUCUGUGUUAAUGGUAAAAAAGUACAAAAAUUUAAGCAAAAUUAAAACAAAAUAAAAUGGGUUAUUUCAUUUUAAAUUUUAAUGUUUGUUUUUUUUUAUUAAGUUGCAAAAUAUGAAAUGAAAAUGUUUAAAAUAAAAGUAACUUACCUAAAGGCUGUUUCGAUUCCAUUGUUCCACGUUCAUUUCCUCUCGAAACAAUUUACCGCUCAAAAGUAUGCUACAAAAAUGAUUUUCU